UUUCUUUAGAGAGAGUGAUUGCAUAGUUUCUUAGUUUAUUUUGGUGAAGUCUGAUUACUAUGUUCAUAAAUCUUACAUUUCUUCGACAAGAACCAACUGUUAUUAGCUACAGCUCAGUGUUAUUACUUAGGCAUUCGUUUCAUUCACCUUAAAUCCAGGUCUCCGACUAGCCACAUAAACUGUUAGAAGUGACAAGUGAAAUAGGUAGAUCUCUGAGAGAUUCGAACAAUUCACGGGUGGUGGGAAAUGUGAUUACAUGUGAAAUUUACAGAAUUUUCAUCUAUGAAACUGUUCGAAUAGGCAUAUUUUCCAAAUAGAUGUGCAUAUGAAGCUAUAAAGUAUCUACACUGAUUCCAGAAUAACUACUUUCUAUCGUAUGUUCAUCUCUACCCCCAGGAUUUUUCAUCCUAAUUUCACUCUACCUUUCGUUUACAACAAACAAUGUAUUCAUUUAGCAUGUACCUGGUGCAAGCUGGAGAAUUUGAAAAUAUGGGGAAUUACAAACAGGCAGAACGUUUAUAUCUAACUGUCAGAGAAAGCGAUAAGGCUAUAUCAAUGUAUAAACGUGCACGCCAAUACAGAGAGAUGUUGCGUUUAGUGAAACAAUUCAACGCUGAUUUAUUGGAUCAGACCUACAUACAUUUGGCUCAAGAACUUGAAAGUGAAGGCAAUUUAAAGCAAGCAGAGCAGUAUUAUUUAGAGGCUAAAGAUUGGAAGUCAGCUGUAAAUAUGUAUCGUUCACGUGAUAGAUGGGAGGAUGCCUAUCGUGUUGCCUCGAAUCGUACGGAACAACCGGAAAUCCGUAAACAAGUGGCUUAUCUAUGGGCAAAACACCUAGGUGGUGAACCAGCUGUUCGCCUACUGACUCGUUUAGGCCUACUGGAGAAUGCUAUAGACUACGCAUCAGAGCAUUGUGCCUUUGGUUUCGCCUUUGAAUUAGCCCAGUCUGCAUGUACUGAACAUCUAGCUGAAGUACAUAAUAAAUAUGCCAUGUUUUUGGAGGAUGAAGGAAAGUUUGCUGAAGCUGAAGGAGAAUUCAUCAAGGCAGGCAAACCUAGAGAAGCUGUUCUUAUGUAUGUGCAUAAUCAAGAUUGGGAUUCAGCAGCACGUGUAGCCAGUGAACACGAUCCUGACAGUGUAAAUGAUGUCCUACUCGGACAAGCAAGAUUAGCAUUUGGGGAAAAGGAAUUUGCUCAGGCUGAGGCACUUCUUCUUAGAGCUCAACGUCCUGAUAUGGCAGUACGUGCUUAUCGUGAAGCAGGGAUGUGGGAAGAUGCACUAAGAGUAGCUGAGACGUAUUUACCAAAUCGUGUUCAAGAGCUGAAGGAAGAGUUACGCGAAGAAAGAAUGCGUGCUAUAACCGGUGGAGAUUCAGGACGUAUUGGCCAGAAACACAGUGGACCUGGCAGUAAACAGUCAACUCAUCAUCGUCAGUCAUCAUCUUCAGCUAUGGAUGAUAUCUCAAGCAGAAGUGCAAACCCCUACUUUAUACAAGCAAGGGACUUUGAAUCCCGAAGCGAAUACCUACGUGCAAUUGAAUGUUACUUAAAACUUGUUCCCAGUAAAAAUUCUGCAGAUACUUUAGACGAAUCGUCUUGUCUCCCACCAGAUAUAUGUGAACAUGCUUGGUUGCAUGCCGCCAAUUUGGCGGUGAAGUUUUUGCCAGCUGAAAGUUCUGUCAAGGUGGCGGAGUUGGUAGCCUCACGUUUAGUAUCUAUUCAGCGUCACAUUCUAGCGGGUGAUUUACUGUUGAGUGUUGAUAAAAUUCAAAAGGCGAUUGAUGCAUUUAUUGCUGGUGAGAAUUGGUCAAAGGCUAAAUGUGUGGCACGUGAAUUGGAGCCACGUUUAGAAGCUUACGUCGAAGCAAAGUAUAAAGAGGCUUUAAGGUCGACUGGACAGGCUGAAACGCUGGCUGGAGUUGAUGUUAUCUCUGCACUUGAAAUGUAUGCAGAACAAGGUAGAUGGGAAAAAUGUUUAUCUGCAGCUGAACAAUUACUACGUGAUGCCCAUCUUUCCUCUGGUGGUGGUGAUAAUAUAAAUACUCUUAAAGAACAUCAACGUUUACACAAAUACGUUGCAGCGUAUGCAGCUAGUCUGAUUAAAGAUUCACGUGUUUAUGAUGCUAUGCUUUUGUACAAAAAAUAUGGUACACCAGCAUAUAAACAAAACUUUAAUAUUUAUAAACGUAUAUUUCAAGAUAUAACAAGCCAACGUGGUUUAUACGGAGCAGAUGCCUAUUCAACAUGGUCUACUCUACGUGAUAUCCUAUUUGAUUUAAAUCAAAAUCUCAAACAAGUGAAAACAGAUAUACAACCGGAGAUUAUAAAAAUAUUUGAGCGUAUGCUCUUGGUUAUUCAUUAUUAUGCUAUGCGUUCAGCUUUACUAUCAUCACAACAAGAUGUCAAAGAGAUUGUCACACAAAUAAGUGUAUCACUUCUUAGACACUCAGAUAUACUUCCAGCUGAUAAGGUGUUUUAUGAAGCUGGUGUUGAUUGUCGUGAAAUAGGCUGGGACAAUAUGGCCUUUGUAUUUCUAAAUCGUUAUCUGGAUCUUGUCGAGGCAAUAGAAGAUCCAGAGAGUUCUUCUGAUACUCUAGAUAGCACAGAUUUUCAGGGUACUGACAUACCUAUGGAAGUUCCUAUCCCCGAACAAGCCUAUACAACCAAUGAAGAACAUGAAGCAAUACGUGAGUGGAUAUUGGCUGUUUCAAUGGAUCAAAAACUUGACCAGUCGCUGCCAAAAGAUGAAAGAGGUGUUUAUGUGGCCGCGCUGAACUCAUCUAGUACUGGUUUAUCCGCUCUACCAUGUGUCAUUACUGGCUAUCCUGUCCUACGUAAUGGUGUCACCUUUGAACCGUCUAAAAGAACUGCAAUUAAAGUGAAUUGGAGUAAGUUUUUGUAUAUAGCAAAAGUUAGUCGCGCAAUGGAAUGCGUAGAUGUAAAAGAGUUUAUUGGACGAUGGUGUGGUGCUGCACCAAGUGGAAUCUAG